GCCUGUCAGUUGGCUUGGCUUGGUUCAGAACAAAGCCUCCAUUUUGCUUAAAGUGUAAGUUCAGCAAAUUGUAGUUCGUGCUUGAAUUAUUGGUGUAAAACCUGUAAAAAGAGGGUAUUUCUGCAUAUUUUACGGGCAAUCGAAAUGAGUGCAGUCGAAGAGAAAACCGCGGCGGCACCUGCUGAGCAGCAGAAGACCGAAGACAAGCCGGAGGCCACUCCGGCGGCUGUCGAAGCACCGAAGGCAACCGAAUCGGAAACCCCGAAACCGGAAGCCGCUGCUUCGGAACAAGCUAAGCCAGAAGGCGGUGACGCCACGGCCACUCCCGCCGUGACCGAUGAGAAAAAGGCGGCCGAGGGCGAAAAGAAGGAAGACGACAAGUCUUUCAAACGCCUGAACGGUGCGGCCCGCAAUCGGUUCCGCUGGUUCAUCAAGAACGGUUACAGCCGGGACGAGGCAGCUGAGCUGGCCACGGAUCCCGAAAAGAUCAAGGAAAUCAAAGAGCAGCGCGAACUCAAUGGCAACGGAAAACGACCGGCGAACGAAUCCGGCAACGGUCCAGCUAGCAAGCAGGCCAAAGUUGCCAAUGGUCCGAUUCGCAUGGUUGUGGCCACCGAGAAACACCCCGGCGAAAAAUUGACAACUGACCAAGUGAACCAGAUCAAGUCCGCUAUUUUGAAACAGGUGGUUCUCCAGAAGGAUUCAAUCGACGUCAAACCGCACUUUGAAGAUUGCUCGUUCGUUGAUGGCUAUCUGCUUGUGCAGUGUUCGGACGGUCCAACCGUCACCUGGUUGCAGGACGUGGUUCCGAAGCUGGAGCUCUGGGAAAAUGCAAAUGUUAAAGUCUCUUCAGAGAAAUUUUUGCAAAGGGCUGACAUUUACGUUGGGGUCUUUGCCGACAGUCUGCAGGACAGCGACAAAGACAUCUUGAGCUUUGUCGAGUCCCAGAAUGAAGGUAUUGCCGCUUCCAACUGGACCAUUCUUGGUCGCAAGGAGAACAAACCCAAAAAAGAGGUCGAGCUCAUCCUCACGAUGGACGGUCCCUCGAGCAAAUUAGUGUUCAAGCAAAAGUUUGAACUGAACUACAAGUUCUCCAAGGUCACCCUGAGCAAGAAAAAGCGUAUCGCCGGACCUCCUCAACAGAACAAAAAGGCCAACAACAACAACAACAACUGGGGCAAUAGCAACAACAGAGCAAAUGGUCAAGGUGGCCAAGGUGCCCGCAGGAUCUAUAACGCAGCGACGUCGUUCGUUCCGAUCUGGGACAACAACCUGCCCAACUUCAACGGUGGCCCACAGCGCUUUAACAACAACCGCAACGGCGGCGGAUUCAACGCGAACCGCGGCCAAGGCCCGCGUAACGAUUCCGUCUUCCGGAACCAACGGCCAAUGAACGGAAACGGCAAUGCGUUCGGCUUGGGCGGAAAUGGUAACGGUCCUCGCGGAAAUCAGCGCGGCGGUAACAACCGUCAACCCCGCAGCCUGAUCGACCAGUUGAUGCAAACCGUCAACAGUGCCAGCAACGGCAACAUGGGACAGCGACGUGGCGGCCCCAAUAACGGACCAGCCUUCAACGGCGGAAACGCCGGCGGAGGUCGGCCAAACAACCGCAAUAAUCGCAACAACCAGUCAAGAGCGCCCAGACCGGGAUUUUUCUAAAGGUGAAAAAGCGUACUUGACUUUUGCGUAUUAUUCGGCUAUUCUCUUACACACUAGAUAUAAAUAGUAGAACGUAAUUGAAGUACUGCAUAAUAUCGAUCAAUGCUUUUAUGAGGCAUUAUAUUCGAAGUAGGAUUUGCUUUGAUCAAGGCAAACAUUCGGAUUUUAUUGAUACAAACCCCCCCUUUAAUUUAAGGCACCUAUUGAACUACAACCCAAUAAACUAGUGAAACCAUUCUUAUCUAACUGGUAA